GUUUAUCAAAUUCGUGAAAUCUAUCAAAGACAAAUCAAAAUUCGCGUAAUUUUACUCACGAUCUAAGGGAGUUUAACUUCUUCCCCCAUUCAUGAAUAAACUAUGAACGACAACCAUAGAUGGUGAUAGGUGAUAAAUACAGCGUUUGUAGCGGUUUGUGGCCUGUGUUUGCAUCCCAGUUGAAUCUAUCCUGAUUUAUCUUUAUUUACGAUAAGUAUAACAAAAUGGCAAGGGAACCUGACGAAGAAUUAAGGAAGGCGUUCUCGCAGCUUCACGAGAAAAUGAUUGACACCACGCAAAAGUUGAAAUUAGCGGACAUACAGAUCGAGAAAUUGAAAAGGUCGAAGCAACGCGCAGAGCUUACCGUCAAAGAAGUAAGCUCCUACCCGGUGGACACAAAGACUUACGAACCCGUCGGCAGAAUGUUUCUGCUGGACGACAUCGACAACAUAAAAACAGGCUUGGACAAACGGAUGAAGGCUGCUGACGAGAAAGUGAAAACUUUGGAAAACACCAAGACGUACUUGCAGCAGAACUUGAAAGAGUGCGAGAACAAUAUCAGAGAAAUGAUACAACAGAGGCAAAAUAAAGACACGUCUGGUUGAUGCUUUGUUUUCCAAACGAGAACUUUAUCUCACCUUUGAUCCCUUUGGGAUUGUUUUGUAUUCGCUUCCUUUCUUUCUUUGUCCAUUGAGUUUGCUUAUUGUAAGUACGUGUUUCAUUGUAUCGUAAAUAAUAAAAUGCACAAUUGAGUACAA